GCUAAGGGCACCCUGGGAACUAAAUUAACGGCAGUUUUGACUGCAAGGGGUGGGGGUUUGCGAUCUAAACCCUGAAGACAUCUUGGGGUCUUACACUGCGCCAUUAGGCUGCGGCACGCUUCAGAUCGCGGCAGCUACGGUGAGAGGUUUUGCUACCGCAGUUCUUGCCCAGGCCUGUAUUGCCGCUUCCACCUCUGCGCGAUCACGGCCGCCCAGCCCAGCCCCGCUCUGCGCUACUGCUACCUUCGCCGCUGCAACCUCCUCAGCUCCGGCCUCCGCCGCUACCCAGCAUCCGUGAGUCAUUUUCUGCCCGUCUCCGAGCGCGCGGUCUCAGUGGUAGUCACCACAUUAAGAGGUUUGCAGGGUUGCAAAAUGGCAGAAGCGGAUCUUAACAUGGUCUUGGAACCUGCAGCCCAAGGGGUUGCUGAAGAGAAGAUGGCUAGCUCGUCUAGUGAUUCUGGGGAAGAAUCUGACAGCAGUAGCUCUAGCCGCAGCACUAGUUGCAGCAGCAGCAGCAGUAGCCGCAGCCGCUUAUAUAGAAAGAAGAGGGUAUCUGGGCCUUCCAGAAGAGCACGGCGGGCUCCGUUGGGUAAAAGUUUCGUGGAUCGGCUGCCUCAGGCAGUUAGAAAUCGUGUGCAGGCGCUCAGAAAUAUUCAAGAUGAGUGUGACAAGGUAGACAUCCUGUUUUUAAAGGCAAUUCACGAUCUCGAAAGAAAAUAUGCCGAACUCAAUAAGCCUCUGUAUGAUCGGCGAUUUCAAAUAAUCAAUGCAGAAUAUGAACCUGCAGAAGAAGAAUAUGAAUGGAAUUCAGAGGAUGAGGUGUUCAGCAGUGAUGAGGAGGUGCAGGAAGACAGUCCUAGUGAAAUGCCUGCUUUAGAGGGUGAGGGAGAAGACGAUGACCCUAAAGAAAAACCUGAGGUAAAGGCUGAAGAAAAUGAGGUUCAAAAAGAAAUUCCUGAGGCAAAGGCUGAGGAAAACGCAGAAUCUAAAGAUUUUCUGGGGGUUGAGCCUGAAAUAAAAGAAGAGCCUAAAAUAGUCCCCCAGGCAAAGGCAGAAGAUAAAGAACAGGCUAAGGCAGCAGAGGCUAAGGCAAAGGCUGCUGUAAUAGAGGCUCCUAAAAGAAUUCCUGAGGUCAGGCCUAAAGAAAGAGUGAAUCUUAAAAGAGCUCGUAAGGGAAAGCCUAAAAAAGAAGAUCCUAAAGGCAUUCCUGACUACUGGCUGACUGUUUUAAAGAAUGUUGACAAGCUCGGGCCCAUGAUUCAGAAGUAUGAUGCCCCCAUUUUGAAAUUCUUGUCAGAUAUUAGCCUGAAGUUCUCAAAACCUGGCCAACCUAUAAGCUACACGUUUGAAUUUUAUUUUCUACCCAAUCCAUACUUCAGAAAUGAGAUGCUGACCAAGACAUAUAUAAUAAAGUCAAAACCAGAUCACAAUGAUCCCUUCUUCUCUUGGGGAUGGGAAAUCCAAGAUUGCAAAGGCUGUAAAAUAGAUUGGAGAAGAGGAAAGGAUGUUACCGUGACAACCACCCAGAGUCGCACAACUGCUACUGGAGAAAUUGAAAUUCAGCCAAGAGUGGUUCCUAAUGCAUCAUUCUUCAAUUUCUUUAGCCCUCCUGAGAUUCCUAAGAUUGGAAAGCUGGAACCACGAGAAGAUGCUAUCCUGGAUGAGGACUUUGAAAUUGGUCAAAUUUUACAUGAUAACGUCAUCCUGAAAUCAAUCUAUUAUUAUACAGGAGAAGUCAAAGGUACCUAUGAUGAUGGUAAAGAUUAUGGAAACAGGAAAUAUCGAAAAUAAAAAAGGCUGCCUGGAGGAAUUUUCAAGCAUCUCAAAACUUCAAGAGUGAAGCAGGGUUUAUACAGCCUCAGGCGAGAUGGGGGCUGCUCUAUAACCUCAAGGCUAGCAUUCCUUACAGUCUUGUGUUUUCAUAUUUUCUUGGUAGUCUAAAAAAAUUGUCUUACAGUGUCUAAGUAUCAGUAUCUAGCGUGUUGUAGUGUAAUAGUCUUCAAAAUAUGUAAAUGCUGUCAGUUAUCUAAAGCAUGCUCCUUUGGUGCUAGAGUUUUGAUUUUUGUGAAGUCCUUUUGUCAUGUUCCUAUUAGGAUGUAGCUGUGAAAACUGUCAUACUUGUCAAUUGAGACAAACAUUUGCUUGAAAAAAAGAGUUCCUGAAAUACCAAUGCAAGUGGUUUUUCUUUUCCAGCCCAGAAAACUAAAUGUUUAAGUCUGCUUGCCCUAGCUGUGCCUUUAUUACUUUGCUAUAGAAAUACAGUACUUAAAUUAACUAGAAACAGCUAAACAGUGAAAUUUACCUGAAAAAAGAUUAGCAUAAAUUUAAGAAUGUCCGUCAAGACCAUAUAUGAUAUGACUGAACUUAUUUAUGUGACAUAGUGUUCUAUAAAUUAAUAAUAAUGAAGUUAUUGUUUACCACUGAAGUGUUAAUAUGGCAGUACUUUUUAAAAGUUUCCUCAUACUGUGUAAUUGUAAACUAAAGUUACUAACCACAUUUUCUUUGUAAUAUGUUAUAUUUUGUCUUUCAUGGAGAUGAUCACUUUAUAUCAUUUGAUAUUUUUUUCAUGUUGUUCUAUUGCAUACUAAAAUAAAUGUCAAAUAAAGUGUA